CUGGUAUAUAAAGAGGUAGCGCAACGGGCAGCACGUUUAUUGUGUUUUUAGAGGCGCGAAGAGAACAGUGAAUUUGGAAAUUAAAAUGGCUCGUACAAAGCAGACUGCUCGUAAAUCGACUGGUGGCAAGGCGCCACGCAAACAACUGGCUACAAAGGCCGCACGGAAGAGUGCUCCAGCCACCGGAGGAGUAAAGAAGCCCCAUCGCUAUCGUCCCGGAACUGUGGCUCUCCGUGAAAUCCGUCGCUACCAGAAGAGUACCGAGUUGUUGAUCCGCAAGCUGCCAUUCCAGCGGUUGGUGCGUGAAAUAGCUCAGGACUUCAAGACAGAUUUGCGCUUCCAGAGCUCGGCUGUGAUGGCUUUGCAGGAAGCUAGCGAAGCCUAUCUGGUUGGUCUGUUUGAAGAUACCAAUUUGUGCGCCAUUCAUGCCAAGCGCGUUACUAUUAUGCCCAAAGACAUCCAGCUGGCUCGUCGUAUCCGUGGAGAGCGCGCUUAAAUUGAAUAAUUGUCAAUUGGAAGCCCA